AUGCCGCUGGGCCUGAACCCCCAUCAAUAUCGUAUGGGCCGCAAAAACUUUUCUCCCUUCAGUGGGCAUCUCGUAGCACCAAAACAAUCUGAAAAACCAUUUGACACUUUUUUUAUUGUCAAGCGAAUUUCAACUGAAAAAGAAACUUUCCAUUCCGUUUCACCAUUUUUGGUAGAAAAAUCUUUAACUACAAGAAUUGGAGAAGUUGCAUCUGUUCGGAAGCUUCGAUCGGGUGACUUACUCGUCGAAGUGUCAUCGCGACAACAGUCUAACAAAAUUUUAAAAUUAAAAUCUUUUGGACAAAUACCGGUUUCUAUUACUCCUCAUAGCUCUAUGAAUUCCUCGAAAGGGGUUAUUACCUGCGGGGAGUUAUUUAAUGUUACUUUGGAGGAAAUUACCGAGAAGUUGAAAAAUCAGGGAGUGACACAUGUCCGGCGCAUAGCAAUCCGACGUGAUGGACAGCUACUUAAUACGAAGCACUUAAUUCUGACAUUUCACUCGCCAAAACUGCCAGAUUCAAUUAAGACCGGCUACUUGAAAUUACCCGUAAGACCUUACAUACUAAAUCCUCUAAGAUGCUUCAAGUGCCAGCGUUUUGGCCACUCAAAGACUAACUGCCGCGGGACUUUGACUUGCGCCCGUUGCGCAGUAGAUGGCCACGAGAGCACUGACUGCAAAUCAAAAGAAGCCCGUGUGAAUUGUAAAGGGGAUCAUACAUCUUUCUCACGAUCUUGCCCUAAAUGGAAAGUUGAGAAAGAAAUUAUAACAACUAAAGUGAAAAAAGAUAUAACAUAUCCCGAGGCCAGACGCUUGGUAUUAGGACAAAUGCCUAAGGAAGGUCGAACGUAUGCUUCUGUAACAAAGACACCCCUUGCAACUUCUAGUACACAAACCAAACAUGUUGUCAUAGUCUCUACUGACUCUGAUUCAGAUCAACUCUCCAGUCCUAAAAAAGAAAAUUCUGCCACAAAAUUAAAGAAGAAAAAGGUAUCCAAAUCACAAAAAGCUUUAACCUUGAAGAUUUCUAAAAAAGGCAACCAGCUAGGGGCAUUAAAAUCAAGGCGUUCUCUAGCUCUUGAUCUAGGCAAAGCUGGUCUUGCUACUAAAGAUUUACCCUCGUUGUUUGGUAAUCCAUCUACCACCGAGCUUUUAAAAAUUCAUCCUUCUGAUGAUGACGAUUUCCAAAUGAGUUGCGAAUUAUAA